CCGUGCAGGUUUUUUAUUUCUAUUAUUAUUAUAUUAAUUUAUUUUAUCUUUUUCUGGGAGGGGGAACGUGGGGGCGUAUGACAGGAAGAUGGGGAUAUGGCGAGGAGAGGGGGAUAUGGAGAGGAGGAGGACGACAAGGAUAGCGAGGACGACGAGGAGUCGUCGAGAUGGGGGGAGGAGAAGAGAUGGACGGAGGGAAAAGAGGAAGGGCAGGAGGAGGAGGAGACAUGGACAGCGACGAAGGGGAUGACACAAGGAAGAGGAGGACACGAGAAGGGAAGGACACGAGGAGGCACGGAAGAUGAGGAAGUACGAGGAGGAGGGGACAAGGAGGAUGAGGAAGGGCAGGAGGAGGAGGAGACAUGGACAGCGACGAAGGGGAUGACACAAGGAAGAGGAGGACACGAGAAGGGAAGGACACGAGGAGGCACGGAAGAUGAGGAAGUACGAGGAGGAGGGGACAAGGAGGAUGAGGAAGGGCAGGAGGAGGAGGAGACAUGGACAGCGACGAAGGGGAUGACACAAGGAAGAGGAGGACACGAGAAGGGAAGGACACGAGGAGGCACGGAAGAUGAGGAAGUACGAGGAGGAGGGGACAAGGAGGAUGAGGAAGGGCAGGAGGAGGAGGACAAACAGAAGGACGAGUCGGAGGAGAUGAAAAGGAGAAGGGAGGAGGAGACAUGGGAUGAGGAAGGGGAGAAGGACCAAGGUGAGGCAGAACUCCUGUAAUUUUUUUUUUCAUCUUGCUGAUAAUUUUGGCGGGGGCCCUCCAACGCACCAUUUCGGCCCGACCUACUUUUCUCUGGUGGGGUGACGGAUCAUUCCCCUCAUAUGUCAUGCACCGCACGGGAUCGGUUGGGCACCUGUGCCGCACAUAGGGAACCGCCCGCACCAAGUGCGCUUGCAAGUAUGGUAAAUAGACGAAAAAUCCCAGGAAGGCCCCAACAAAAUGGAGACUCACAU